CAGUUCGUAACCAAAUGCCGACGCGGUAAGAUCUAUUAGCUCGAGGACGUUGUCUCCCUCUUUCCUUUUUUUUCUCUCUCUUCUGUUUCUUCCCUUCCCUAUAUCUUAUAUCUCUAUAUUACAAAUCCAUCUUUCUCUCUCUAUGAUUUAAAAAAAAAAAACACUGAGGAUAUACAUAUGUAUGUACGUACGUAUAUAUAUAUCUAUCUACCUAUCUAUCUAUCUCUCUCUCUCUCUCUCUCUUUCUCGCUCUCUCACACACACACACAACUACGAAACGAACGAUGAAUUGUGAAACUUGUAAAGUAAUCAAUUACCGGUAACACAACGAGGGAAAAUAAAAUAAAAACGGUGUACUCAUUGAUCGAUCAAUCGAUAUUCGAAAAAGUAAAAGUGUUAGAGAGAGAGAAAAAGAGAGAGAGAGAGAGAGAGAGAGAGAGAAAGAGAGAGAAAGUUAAGUAGAAAGAGAAAGAGAGAAUAUCCGCGAAAUUGCAACGAAGGUAUUAACUUAUGUACCAGCGUAAAAAAAAAAAUAGGAACUAUCAUCAUCAUCAUUGUCGUCGUCGUCGUAGUUGUGCCGGCGCGUCCAUCUAUCGAUCUAAAGUGUCGAGAGUGGUAUGUCGUCGUCGUCGUAAUCGUCAUCGUCGAUCGUAGUUGUGUCUGUGAGUUGACCAAUUGCCCUCCGAGCGAAGAGCAUAUACUAUCAUGAAGGGUGGUGCUAAACGGUUAUAACUCGUCGUCUAAAGGGGCAAGGAGACCACGGAGGAGGGUGUGUAGUGGGGGAGAAAGGAGAAAGAUAGAUAGAGAGACCUAGAAAGAAAGAGAGAGAGAGUGAUAGAGAGAGAGAGAGAGAGACGUGCAGUAGUCUGCUGCUUGCCGCUGCUGCUGCUUGCUGUUGCUGCUGCUGGUGUGCACGCGAAUCGAUAAAAAGAGAAGCCGAGGUGGGAGCUAUUGGUUGUCAUCGUUUCAAGCACGUUUUUAUUACCACGCCGGAAGUUAACCUCUCUAACAGUGACAGAGCGAGCGUCUAUCCUCGGCAGUCGCCAUUUUUUUUUCUCUUGCAUUGCUUAAGAGAGAGAGAGAGAGAGAAAAAGAGAGAGAGAGAGAGAGAGAGAGAGAGAGAGAGACAGAGACGAAGAGUAUAAUUAAUAAAAAAUAACUGCGUAAUACGCGAGAGAGAGAGAGAGAGAGAGAGAGAGAGAGAAAGAAAACAAAGGAAGUAACGAAGAGAUAUAUAUAUACAUAUAUAUACAUAUACAUACGUAUAUUUCCAUAUAUACAGACGAUACGACACGGUUCUUUUAUAAACAUGGCCGAUCCCUAAGAGAGAGAGAGAGAGUGAGAGAGAGAGAGAGAGAGACAGAGACAGAGAAAGAAAAAAUCGGCGGCAUAUGCGUUUGAGUGAGUGAGUGAGUGAGUUUUGUUUGUGUCGGCGCCCACUCACUUAAAGAGAAAUAGAGAAAGAGUGAGGGAGCAUCGUGGCCCACUCUCUCUCUCCCUCCCUCCCUCUCUCUCUCUCUCUUUCUCUCUUUCUCCCGCCCUCCCUCCCCUCUCUUUUUUUUCUCUCGUCAAGACUGAAUGAUGAGAGACUCGGUGAAACGAAGGACGGAGUGAUAUACGCGAGUGUCUCUUUGGGGGAAGAAUACUUAGAAGUGCUGUGCGAUUAAUCUUUCCUCGUCCGAGGAAGAUACGAUUGAUAGAAAAGGAUAAAACGACAUAUUGAAAGGAGUGGGAGGAGAGGGAAGAGAGAAUGGACGGCCUGCCAAGGGGGUUGUUGGUGCCAGUGAAGGCCGUCGACGUGAACACCUAUAAUUCAUCGUUUUAUUCGCCACCACCGACCGAAGCAUCGCGAUCCGGCUACGAUUCCAGCAGUGGUGAAGAUUCCGAAAACGAGUAUGGUACUGGUAUCGUUCGGGUUAACAGCAGUCAAUCACAAAAUAAUCCUGGCAACUCGAACGUCAACUCUCAGGGCCAAGGGAAACAUAUCAAUAAGGGUCGUUGGACGAAGGAAGAGGAUGCUUUGUUGAAGCAGCUGGUCAGUAACGCUGAACAGAAUGGAUUACGAUGGGACAAUAUAGCUGCUCAUUUUCCCGAACGGAGCGACGUUCAAUGUCAACAAAGAUGGGCGAAAGUAGUAAAUCCGGAAUUAAUCAAGGGCCCUUGGACCAAGGAGGAGGACGAAAAAGUUGUCGAGCUAGUUGAAAGAUAUGGCCCUAAAAAGUGGACCCUUAUCGCGCGACAUCUGAAAGGCCGUAUUGGCAAACAGUGUCGUGAAAGAUGGCAUAAUCAUUUGAAUCCGGGAAUUAAGAAAACCGCGUGGACCGAGGCGGAGGAUAAGAUAAUAGUUGAGGCACAUCGUAGGGUCGGUAAUCAAUGGGCGAAGAUCGCCAAACUUUUGCCCGGGAGAACUGAUAAUGCGAUUAAGAAUCAUUGGAAUAGUACAAUGAGAAGAAAGUAUGAAGCUGAGGAAGGAAGAUGCACCGUUGGUACUCGAGGAAGAGGUAGGAGGAAAGCGUCGGAAACUAUAACGACGCGAAAGGAUCUUAUCUCAAUGGACGAAGAAAUGUGUAUUGGAAAUGGAAGAACGAAGAGUGCGUCUAGCAGUAACGACAAUGGUUUAAUUUUAUCUACGAAUAAUACUAACUCCACACAAUCGGUAAAGAUGGAAUCUUUAGAUUGGGUUGGUGUGUGGGAGCAACAGAACAAUGGACAUUCGUAUAUUCAUUCCGUGCAAGAACGUGGUGAACGGAGUAAUACGAAAGAAAGGGAGAUCGAAUCCUCCUCUUCUUCUACUAAUAGACGAACGGAUCCUUCUUCGAGAGUGAAAACGGAAGAUAUUUCGCCAUUUACGAAAUAUUUCGGUAUGGAACUGCAAAAUGAAACUGUAGAUUCAAGGAACGCUGAGAUAAGAUUACUUCCAAUGCCCGACUUGGAAGAGACCUCGACUCAUUUAACUGAAAGAGAGAAAAGCAGUCCUCCGCCGAUAUUGCGUAGACGACGAAAUAUUCAAACGAUACCACAGAGAACGGAAACUCCCGAUAGUGGGAAUCAAUCGGAUUAUUUGAUAAUAACCGGUCAACAGACGCAUAAUGGCAAUACCACGCCAUCUACUCCUAUAAAACAACUUCCAUUCAGUCCUUCACAAUUCUUAAAUAGUCUAAGUCCUGAAACAUCUACUUGGCCCCGAGCAAGUACUCCAAAAACUGGUAGCCCUGGUCCUCUCACGACACCACAGCCGACGGGUUUGCGACGAAGUCAAAAUGAUGGUAAUACACCAAGAACGCCAACGCCCUUUAAAAAUGCUCUAGCUGAGCUCGAGCGACGAAGUGGCGUGACUACACAGUUACCUGCUACACCUAGCCAUUUAGAUGCCUUAACUGAGAUAAUUAAACAAGAAACUGAUCGCGAGAGUCUCGCGAGUACGAGCAACAUCCUUCAGGAUUCUGGAUAUUGCACUACAAGGCGGCGGGGUAAAGAGAACAGUGCUCCUGGUGGAAAAAGGGCACGGAAAGCUCUCUGUCAAGCAUGGGCAAAUGUACCCCAUGACAACACCGACAUGAGUUUUGUCGUUGAAACGCCAAGCAAAAGUUUGGACACUUCAGUACUGUUCUCGCCAGCGUCCAUGGCAUUAGAAGAUAGUUUCUUAACAGCAGGUCCAAGUCCCGUGAAGACUUCCCACGACUUGUUGUCCGUUCAACGGAAGCCCAAUGCCAAGAGGGCAAUCACGUUCGACGCGCUCGACAGCCCCUGUUGUAUCCUCAGCCCUCUACCUCUGAGGCCGGUUAAACGUGCCAAGUUACAUUUGGAAACGCAGUGGGCCACGGUGGCUUGCGGGCGUACGCGUGAUCAAUUAGAAAUGACACGCGCAGCCCGUCGAUUUCUUAGCAAUCACGGCUUUCUACCUUUACGCCCUCGGUCUCUAAAUUUUUAGAUCUUCCAAGAAAGAUCUAAAAAUCUUUUUUUCUUCUCUUUCUGAUCUUCCUUUACUGAGGUGGGAAUAAUGAAUCUUCGAAGAAUUGGAAACUGGGGGACGGCGAGCACAGGGAGCUUAAUUGUAACUUGCGGUACAAAAAGAAAUAUUAAGAAAAAAAAAAAAAAUAAAAAUAAAUAAAAACAAAAAAAAUAAAAUAAAUAAAAACAAACAAAAAAAUAAUAAUAAUAAUAAUAAAUAAAUAAACAAGCAACCGAACAAAAGGAUAAAGAAAAAAAUCAUUACGUUAAAACUAGUCGGAGUUAAUCUAAUUAGGCACUUCCGUUUAAGGAAUUCUGCCGUAAUUGUCGAGUGUGUCGAUUAACGAAAGAAAAUAAUUAAGGUGGGAAAGUCGUAUCAAGAGGAAAGAGAGAAAGGUUCACGCUUUACCAACGCUUUUAUUUUUUAUUGCAUUUAAAAAAAAAAAAUUAUAUAUGUAAGAUAGUAGAACGAAAAAAGAAAAUGAGACAGGAUGAUCCUUUGCUUUCGCAAAAAAUGAAGAAAAAACGAAAAGUUGUUACAGCGUGAUAAUGUUGUUUUGGUUACAAAAAAAAAAGAAAAAAAAAAAGAACAAAAAGAAAUAAAAAAUACAAAAAACAAAAGAAAACAAACGCAAGACAAUGCAAUUACUUUUAUAGGGUUUAUUUUUGGUUGUCAUUAUUUUUCCUUGAUAUAUAACGAAAAUUUUUAAGGGAGGUAAGAAAAAAUUAUGUGCAAGAGUUUUUCGUUUCCUAUUUUGCCAUUUUCCCCGACGAAUAUAAAUAUUAUUAUUAUUAUUGCCGUUAUAUUUAUUCACGAACAACCAAAAACAAAUUCUCUCUCUGUCAUUUUUUUCUCUCUCUAUAAUUAUCGUCCAAACAAACGAGCAUUUUUCUCGACGAAGUAAUCUUAAUUUUCAAAAGGCAAAAAAAAAAGAAAAACAAAAGAAAAGGGAAGUACGGCGUAAAGAGAUCUCUCUUUUUUUCUCUUGAAAUGGGGAUAAAAUUGAAUGAUAAUCAAUUUUUAUUUGAUAUAAUACUAUAUUAUAUAUAAUAUAAAACAAAAGCAUUAUAUUGCGGCCGUUAUGUACAAAGAGCCUUUGUAACUGGUAUUUAAUUUACAAAUGAAUAAUAAAAACAUAACGAUAGUUACAAUAAAA